AUGGCGGCCACCGCGGGUGCUCACUCGUUCCGUCGUCUCACUCUUCAUAACCUAUAUAAUCCAGGACCACCGCGCAGAAAAUCAAGCACUGCGGUUGGUGCCCUCACCUGCAGCUCACCCACUGCAACCACAACUCCUCUAGUCUCGCUAUACCUCUAUCAAAAUCCACCAUCCAGACCUCCGUCUAGACCUCCCAGCAGACCUCCAAGCACUCCAACUCGGCUUUCCCGACACAAUACUGCCAGAUCUGAUGCGGGUAAGCAGUGA